UUGGAGCUGCACAACAACCCGAUUGUGGAUAGGUUACGUUGCCAUUGAGACCUCUCUCUCUGUCUCUCUCUCUCUAAUGGCAAUUAUUUGGCUAAGGGUAUUGCUUGCUCUUCUAAUCAUAUCAAUAACUCCUCCAAGCUCAGAUGGGGAGUUGGAGCAAUGGUGCAUUGCCGAUGAGCAGACCCCAGAUGGAGAAUUGCAGGCAGCAUUGGAUUGGGCAUGUGGGAGAGGUGGUGCAGAUUGUAGUAUGAUUCAAGUGAAUCAGCCUUGCUAUUUACCAAACACUGUAAGAGACCAUGCUUCUUUUGCUUUCAACAGCUACUUCCAGAAAUUCAAGCACAAAGGUGGAUCUUGCUAUUUCAGAGGAGCCGCCAUUAUUACUGAACUUGACCCCAGUCAUAACUCAUGUCACUAUGAAUUCAUUCCCUGAUUCAAAGCAAAGAGAAGAACAAAACAAGCAUUGUUAUUUAGAUUUACCUGAUCGAUUUCUGCAUUUCUCGUAGUGUAGCUGCACUAAGAUUACAAAUUGUAAGGAGACUCAGAAAUGGUGAAGAUGGUUGCUUGAUUCACAUGUUAGCUACUGCUUUCUAAACUUUUGUUUCUAUUUUCAGUUUCUUCAAAAAGAUUUGUUUUCUGUGCUCCA